AUGUGUUCAGACUCGACCCGUUCUGACUCACCCGUAUCUGACCCGAACUUGACUAGCUUGAGCCUUGGUGCUCGCACAUUCUCCCUCCCUGACUCAACAUUGAAAAAAAAUAAACAUCUAAAUGUUUCAUUCGCAAGGGUUAAUACAAUCCCAGAUUCUAAACCCAAUUCUUCACAACUUUCCCAAAAUCAAUCUCAAGUCUCGCCUUCUAAUUCCCCUACAACUACGAGUGCACCAGCUACGCCUCGACCUUUUCGACCAUAUGAAACGAGAGCUUCUCACUUUUCUCCAAACAUAGCCUCGGCUGCUAAUGCCUCUCUUACUAAUAGCAUGCCAGCCACACCUCACUUUUCUCCAAACCAAGGCUCACCUGCGCAUCAUUCAGUCAAAAUCAGUGGUACACGGCCGAUGGGGCAAUUCGGUCAAUGCGAGGAAUGCAAAAGUACAAGAACAGGAUACAAUUGGUGUCAAUACUGCGACAUUGAACGGUGUCAGAAUAAUUUUGUGAAUUGGACGAGCGGCUGUAAAGAAAUUGACGAUUUUAUUCAAGUAGCUCAACUAAAGGCAAUCAAUGUCAGAUCUGUCGUGGAAUGGAUAGACUAUGAAGAAUUCACAAGCGUAAAGCAUCUUGCGAAUGGCGGUAACAGUUCAGUAUUUACGGCAUAUUGGCCUCGAGGACCUAUUCGGGCAUGGGACACAAAUAUCAAUGAUUGGGAGCGAGGCUGGGGACAGGCAAAUUCAGACGUAAUCAUAUUGAAACGUAUAAAGAAUUCCAACAAAGUGACAACUGACUUUUUGAAAGAGUUGGGCGCAUACCACCAAUUCAGCACGUUGGUUUCACAUGUCGUGCGUUGUUAUGGCAUCUCGCGCUGUCCAACCACUAAAGAGUUUAUCGUCGUCACGUCAUAUGCUGAGGAUGGAGAUCUCCGGCAGUAUCUCUCCAAGAAUUUUGAUAAUUUUACUUUACUGCAAAAGAUUAUCACUCUCAGAGACAUUGCAAGUGGCUUGGUGACCAUUCAUAGAGCAGGACUGUUGCAUAAAGACUUGCAUACUGGAAACAUUUUGCGAUCCGGUAGCUGGACAAUGAUAAGCGAUCUCGGUCUUUGCUGGAAUAACGCUUCUGUGGCGGGAAGCGAAGAGACGGUUUGUGGCGUGCUUCCCUAUGUAGCGCCAGAAGUUUUACGAGGGAUGCCAUACACUCGAGCAGCCGAUGUUUAUAGCGUCGGAAUGAUUAUGUAUGAACUAUGGUCAGGUAGACCGCCAUUCGAAGAAAAAGAUUACGAUGUAUCUCUAGCAGUAGAGAUUUGUUCAGGAGCUCGUCCCGAAAUUGCCUCUGACAUACCCGACUAUUAUUCCAUUAUUAUGCAAGCAUGCUGGGCGGAAGACUCCAACAUGAGACCUACAUCGCGUGAUUUAGAACGUACAUUUGACAGUUGGAUUGAAAGUAUUGCAAAUCGGGUUUGCCCCAAGCUCACUCUUUCCACUAAAAGAUCAGUAAUUUUGACAAUAAAACCGAGUUCAAGUAGCUCGAGUCAACCUAUUCCUCCAUUGCCUGCUGAUCAGCACGAGUACUUGAAGAAACUGGAUAAACGUCGAGAAGUUCUAUAUGAUCGCUGUCUUGAUGAUCGACUCAUUGAAAUGGCUGAACAAAAGUCCAGAAAUCAAGAACAAGUAAAUCCAAUGACAUGGACGCGGGAACUUAAAACACUUGCUGAUGAAAUCUUUGGCAGUUCAGUAAACAACUUACCAUUUAAUAUUAAACCGCCUGAACCUGAGCCUACAAGACCAGCAGACGAUGACCCGCCUGUGAGACAUGAUAGGAGUAGUAAGUAG